ACCCAUACUGUUCUUACACCCUUUCCCAACUUAUACUCUGCUUUCUUGUGUAUUUGUUCAUUCACCUAUUAUUACAGUCAACCACGAAUGUCAAUCACCCUAGUUUGAAAUGGACGCUGUGAUCACUGAGCCAGCAUUCACCAACGGUAUCGGCCACACCGGCUCUAUGUCCUUUUACCACAUUGUGGAUGAAACGAAACGAAAUCUCACCAUCUAUCUAUUAGGACCGAAUAUACAGUACACAUUCAAGCACCGGGAACAGAGCAAGCAUGGAGUCAUCGCUGACUAUUGCUUGGCUCGCAAAACGGCAGGCUUCCUGGCCGAGGUUUUGCAAGACGGCAGCCGACGAAUAGUCAAAUGGGCCGAGAGUGGCCAUGGACAGUCCCUACACGGUGAUGCCCUUAUUCGCACGCCAUAUGCUCUGAAGAACAGUCUCUGGGCCGCCAGGGCAACCCAGAUCGCCAAACUUUUCGGCUUUAAUACACGGUGCCUGUUCGACGGAAACCGAUGGGGACGAACAGACUACGAUAGAAAGAAGGGCGCCUUCUUCGGUGCGCAUGUUGAAGUUAAGCUGUCCACACAUGCAGUCUGGGCAUGGCUCGUUGGUCGAAAGAUCAUUGGCCCAGGCGAGAAAGAAGUUACAUACCAACAGAUCGCCAGUCUCAAGACCGCAUCCUGGAGCGCCGAGCGACCUCUGCCACAUUACGACAUCUAUUUUUCACGCCACCCCUGCUCGAAUUGUAUAAACUUUGUGAACAAGCUCUCCGAGGUCUCCGGAAUCCCAAUGCUUUUACAUUGGCGACAACGGCUAACGGAAAUGACAUAUGGAGCGGAUGCGGACUUCGGCACAAGUGAUGAUUUGGGGUCGUCCGACGAGGAGUACCGGCAACCAGAGCAGCAGGAGAUUGUUGUCCUUGGGGGAGGCCCUGAGAAGACUAUCGGGUUGCAAACACCCCAGAAGCAACGCAUGGAUCCCAAGGAUCCUCGGUCAGUCGAGAAGCCUCUCCCACCGACUCCCGUUAAAAAGGCACCAUUCGAUGUGACGUACAACAGGUCAAGAAAGACGCACAGUUGGUUUCGCGAGGCAAGUAUCUUUCUGUAA